UUUAAUGUACUUGGCAGGUAUGGGACCAUGCGAUGAUCCUUUGACAGUUGGGAUUGAUGUUGGCAGUCACAGCGUUCGGGCGGGCGUUUUCACGUUUUCCGGGAAAAUGUUGAAUUAUGCUGCUCACGAAAUCAACUCGUAUUCCCCGAAAUUGGGAUAUUAUCAGCAAUCGUCUAAAGAAAUCUGGAAUGCUGUUUGUGUCGCGGUCAAAAAUCUGUUGGACGCGCCUGGUUUCAGUUCGAACAGAGCAAGAGUCCGUGGAAUUGGUUUUGAUGCCACAUGCUCUAUGGCUAUCAUUCCUCACGAAAAGGCCGAAGUCUUCGAUUUGAAUACGUUGUCAACUGUGUCUGAGGUGGAGAAUGAUUUCGUGCAGGAUAUUAUUAUGUGGAUGGAUCAUAGAGCCACUGAAGAGGCUGAUGCCAUUAAUAAGCAUUCGUCUUCGGAGAAGACCUUGACGUACGUUGGGAAGCAUAUAUCUCCAGAGAUGCAAACCCCGAAGCUGAUUUGGUUGACGAAACACGUGAAUCAAGCUCAAUGGCAACGAAUCGAACACCUUUUCGACUUACCAGAUUACCUCACGUGGAAAGCUACUGGGAAAGAAGCGAGGAACUUGUGCUCAUUGGUUUGCAAAUGGGGUCUACUACCGAAUGCGGAAAGCUUCGCUUGGGACUCGGCGUUUGUUGAAGACGUGUUGCAGCUCAAACCCGAAGACAUGCAGAAGAUUUGUGAUACCUUUCAAGACCCCGGGAAGUUUUUGGGGGAAUUGUCGGUCAAUGCAAAGGCGCAAAUGGGGUUUCCCGAAGAUUCUUGCAUCCGUGUUGGAUCCGGGAUAAUUGACGCGCAUGCAGGAUGUUUGGGUUCAAUCUCAGCUCGGCUUAACAUCGAAGGCAGGCCAGAUAUGCCUAUUAGCAUUAGUCGAAGGCUCGUCAUGGUGUGUGGAACGUCCUCUUGUCACCUCACUGUUUCUCCUGAGCCUUCGUUUCCCACGGGGGUUUGGGGACCGUACAAGAGCGUUGUUUUACCCGGAUUUUGGACACUCGAAGGCGGGCAGUCUGCGUCGGGUGUAUUGUUAAUGCAUGUGUUAUCAACACACCCUGCUUUCAGUGAUGUUCAGUUGAAGGCACAAGAGCUUGGGUUGAGUCCGCAGAAAUAUCUUGAGGAUGUUCUGGACUGUGAAGCAAAAUCGCGUUCAGUACCGGGGCAUGAGUUGACAACGCACUUGCAUGUGUACCCUGACUUCCACGGGAACAGGGCUCCGCAUGCAGAUCCCUCAAUGAAAGGCAUGAUCUGUGGAUUAACAUUGAGCUCGAGUGAAGUGGAUUUGGCUCGUCUGUACCUCGCUGCUGUCCAGGCCUUGGCAUAUUCCACCAAAUCCAUUGUGGAGGCAAUGAUCCUCGGCGGGCAUGACUCGUUCGACACUGUUGUGAUGUGUGGUGGUUUAACGCAAGGAUCGCUGUUUAUUCAGACUCACGCUGACGUUUUGGGCGUGCCAGUUAUUGUACCCGGUUGGUGCGAGGUUAAUUUUAGCCCAGUGCUGCUGGGAGCUGCCAUGUUGGGUGCGAGAGCUUCCGAUCCCGUCAAAGAGUUGCAGACUGUCAUGCGGGACAUGGCUCCGGAAGCCAAGGUUUUCCAUCCGAAUUUUGAUUCUCAGACGUUCCACGAGAGAAAAUAUUCAGUUUUUUCGGAAAUGUACAAGAAUCAGAUAUUGUAUCGGAAUAUCAUGAAAAACGAGGAGUAAUUUAAAGUGAUCUAUUUCACUCGCAAUAUUUUAGAAUCGUAUACCCGGUGUUCAAACGGAUAGUGAGAAACAUGCAAUAUGAUCGAGUGGGGUCAAAAGAUAUAUGUUAAUGUAACCUCAGUUCAAUGGCAAGAAAAUUUAGGACAGUGGAAUCGAAUGAGAAGCAACUUUUCAUUUAAAGAUCAAUACGUUAUGAACCGAUUUGAACGGCUUUCGGGCAGGGACCUGGAAAAAGAUUUCUUCGUAACGAGAUUUUACUGUUAUUGUAACAGAGAAUAUCAUUGGCAUAACAAGUCCAGCUUUUGUGAUACGUGGAGAGAAUUUCUAGUGGGAUAAAGUUUUUAUUGUGGCAGAAACGGGAUCAGCAGAUCCUCAGAUUCUUGAAAGGGAUUGCGAAUUUUGGGGCAACGGUGGGAAUCAUUUUUGUUGAAUAAUUCUGUGAUGGUCACUCAAAACUGGAACUGUGAAUACAUUUGCGUCAGUGCUUAUUUUCUUAACAUGUUAAACUCAUUUAUUUUAUCAUUGUACUCGUUGGUGCCAGAGUAUGCUUUUCUGCUUGUCAGUUUGGGGGUUCUUCCAACUAAUCAAUUGAUGGGGUUACAUUGGGUCAAACUUACUGCAUGAAGAUAACACGCUUUCUCUUGCAUGAGCUCAAAUGGAAUAAUUAUUCAUUUUUUUAUUACAGCUGACACUGCUGCAAAAAUGGCUACAGAGAUUCAUAAGAAACAGCUUUUUUUUCUGUGCCUGUACAUUUUGUGGUGGAGAAAAGUACAGUAUUGUUAAAUUUAAUCUUGUCUUUAGAUGUGCUGUGACUAGUUGAUGUCAAAUUUGUGAAUGCAAGAUUUUGUUAAUCUUUUUUUAUUCUGCAGAACAGGUGGAAUAGGACAAAGGGAUUGCAAUUAAUGCAGGGAAUUGGACACAAGUUAGCAUGCAUGCUUUCCUUCUCAUUUUGUGGAGUGUUUCAUGAGAUUCAUUUACAGGAACAUCUUUUUAUAGCGAACUGUUGGGGACUUCAGAAAAAUUAUGUUAUCCUGAAUAAUUUGUUCUCACAAAAUUUUCAAAAUUAAUGACAGAACAUUUUAACAUCAAAAGUGCCCAUGAUGAGAUUUUGCUCUUCUGGUAUUCUUAAAAUUUUUAUUGUUUAACUGGGUGGUUUUCUUAAGAAAAAAGUAGAUUCCGUCAUUCAUUCCAUUACUAAUAAUCUCUUCAUUCUGAGGGGAUUAUGUGUGGAACCAUUUAGGAGCAUGUUUAUCACUGAUUACAGCUUCCUUUGAAGCUACAAAGAACCAGUCAGUCACAUUUGGAUUCAGAACUUUAAGAAUAUGCCUGCCUUUGUCAGGAAAUUUCUGUUGGGAAAAUGCAUUGAAAAUUCUGC